AUGGCCUCAAGACAGGGCCUGCGGACAUGCGCCGCCUCCAUGCGCGCCGCGGCCGCGCGACAACAACCAAUGCGCCAAAUCAGCACCACGGCCGCCCGCCGCCACAAGACCGAGCACCAGCAGAGCCGCACCACACACUUCGGCUUCGAGACAGUUAAUGAGGAGGAAAAGGCCGGCCGUGUGGCCGGCGUAUUUACCAGCGUUGCUGAAUCAUACGAUAAGAUGAACGACCUCAUGUCCUUUGGCGUACAUCGUCUGUGGAAGGACUACUUCGUUUCCUCACUAAACCCCGGCGCGACGACUCCGCUUGGCCGACCGCAAAAAAUCCUCGAUGUGGCCGGCGGCACUGGCGACAUUGCCUUUCGCAUGAUCUCGCACGCCCACGACCAAAACGCCAACCCCAACAUCCACGUCACCAUCUCCGACAUUAACCCGGCCAUGCUUGAAGUCGGCCGCCAGCGCUCCCUUGGCCUGCCCGCCUCGCACCAGGCGGGCCUCUCCUUUCUCGAGGCCAACGCCGAGCGGCUGCCGCCCGCCGUUGCUGACGCCUCGCUCGACCUCUACACCGUCGCCUUUGGCAUCCGCAACUUCACCGACGUGCCGGCCGCGCUGCGCGAGGCCUACCGCGUGCUCAAGCCUGGGGGCGUCUUUGCCUGUAUGGAAUUCAGCAAGGUCGGUAACCCGCUGCUCAAUGCCGCCUACAAGCAGUGGUCGUUUAGCGCCAUCCCGCUCAUCGGCCAGCUCGUCGCUGCCGACCGCGACAGCUACCAGUACCUCGUCGAGAGCAUCGAGCGCUUCCCUAGCCAGGACGAGUUCAGAGACAUGAUCAGAGACGCUGGCUUUGACGUGGCUGGUUGCGGGUACGAGAACUUGACGGGUGGCGUGGCCGCUAUUCACAAAGGCAUCAAGCCGCUGAAAUAA